AGACAAAAAAAACACAAAAAAAAGAGAGAGAGAGAGAGAGAGAGAAAGAAAGAAAAAAAAAAUGCAGUUUGGAUUUCGGAAGAGUGCAUAGUUAGAGAGGAGGGGUGUCGGCAGGUACUGGUGACGGCAGCGCGGCAGUGAGUUGGUGGGUGGUGGUGACGGGCAGAGCGUAGCGGUGGCAGCAAGUUGGCCCGAGGGAAUGCUAAAGAGAGGAUGCUAUACGUGCAGCGAGGUAGUAAUCAGACAAGCAAAGAAGAUAGUCAAAAUGGACUGGCACAAGUCGGCCCUCUUCUAAUUUCUGCCAUAACCGCUGACUCUCUGCUCUCUCUAUGGAUAUACAUAUAUAUUCAUUUAUGUAUAUAAUAUGCAUUUGUAGAUAUUUAACGUAUUUCUCCCAUGUAUACGCGCAUGUGUAUAGAUUUCUUUCUUUCUUUUUCAAUAGAUGUAUAUACAUGUAUGUAUAUAUGAACAUGUGUGCGUGUAUGUCACCAGCAAUGCAAAGAUAAGAAACUACUAAGUUUUUAUGACACACACAUCAAAUAUACAUACACAUACAAACACACACACACACCGGACAUUUUCUCGUUGAUUUCUGCUGACACUCCGACGUCGUUUACUACUACUACUACUACUACUACUACCAUCACCACCACGAUGAAUGGAUUAUACAUGGGAUACAUUUCACUCCAAGAUUCUUAUAACGCCCUUCCCCCCUACAAGGUUACCUCUUGAAUUUCAGAAAUGAUUACUCAAAGUCCUGACUGCUACCCCAGUCUAAAUAUGACGGAACGUCACCAACGUGAUGAUUUUAGUCUGUGGCCAGGAGUGCAGGCAACCAAUGCAGAGAUGUCGAACCAGAAUUCCAGUGCAGAUGUCUACAAAUGGAAAAACAGCAAUCAUCACAUGUCAACAGACUAUAUAGGGGAAGUGCCAUGGCAUACUGGGUAUCCUGACAUUCGCCCUGCCUCUGCCACCCAGAAGAUGGAUUCUCCCCCUCACAAACGUGGAGGUACCGCCCCUCGAUCACCCAGUAUACCACAUUGGGACAUACAGACAUAUCAUUCCUACAAGCCUCUGUGGAGGAAAGCAUGUGCUGGUCAAAUAGAUGAUCACUUAGGUGCAUAUGAAGACCAAUCAUAUUUCAUGAGCGGAACAAAAUGUAUGUCUAAAGAUAAUCAUGUCACAGAUAGUGUCAAUCAAGAUAAUAUGAAUCGAGUUCAAGACUUACGUCCGAAUACUCAGAGUAACGGAGGCUAUCGGACUGCCCAUGUUGGCUCAUCCACUCCAGCUGCCAAUGCACCCUUGGUGGUACCCCAGCCAGUGAAGCCCACCAAAGCUGCUAAAACCUACCAGUGCAAGAUGUGCGACCAGGUGUUUACAACCAAAUCGGACAUGCUGAUCCACUGCCAACAAAUACACAAGCAGGAUCCGAAGCCGUACAAGUGUCCCACAUGUUUGAAGUGCUUUGCCAACUCAUCAUAUUUGUCUCAGCAUGCGCGUAUCCACUCAGGCAUCAAGCCAUACCGCUGUGAGAUCUGUGAGCGUAAGUUCACUCAGCUGUCCCAUCUGCAACAACAUAUCCGCACCCACACUGGGGAGAAGCCAUAUAAAUGCUUACACCCGGGAUGUGGCAAGGCAUUCUCACAGCUCUCCAACCUGCAGUCACACUCACGCUCUCACAUGACUGACAAGCCAUACCGCUGCAAUUCCUGCUAUAAAUGUUACGCUGACGAGGCAAGUCUGCGGGAGCAUAUCCCGAAACAUUCGGACACAAAACAUUUAAAAACACACAUAUGUCGCAUAUGUGGAAAAUCCUAUACUCAAGAGACUUAUUUAACAAGACAUAUGGCCAAACAUUCACAGGACAGCUCCAAUAAAAUUUCUCCUCGUCCUGUUAUCAAGCAAGAGCCAGACCAUUCCAGUGAAGAAUAUGGAAGAUCAGAUCGACAGCCUGAUAACUCUACAGGUUCUUGUGGGAAAGUUUCUUCAGCCUUCAUGCCGAUUCCCCACCAAUUUGGCAGUCCUGUACCCAGCAGCACGACAGCUUCCACAUACCCAUAUGGCUCAAGUUUAGGAGCCAAUAGUUUAAAUUCCCCUUUGCCCCAUAUUUCAUCAAUGACUUCUCCACGUUAUUUUCCUUAUGAUCCCUUAGGAUUUCGUAAAUCUGACCCUCCAGAAAGGAAUUUGAAUGUGGGUAUGUCUUCAAGAGACAGUAUGCUUGCUAAUAGCCUGCUCAGUUUACAACAUAUAAAAAACUAUGCAUCUCAACAGAUGCCAUCAUUUACACCAACCUGUUCCGGUGGAGGUUCAAGACUAACAUGAUUCAAAAAGGCUCUUAGAAAUUUCUGUGAAAUUCUGUGAGGACUGCCAAGGCCUUGUCAUUGGAAAAAUAUGAACAAAAAUGGAAAAAAAAACAAGAAACAUUUUGAAUUACUUUAAAAAUAUUAUAUAUAUGUAUGUAUGUAUGUAUAUAUAUAAUAUCAAAAAUACUUAAACAUGAUGAUGAGUUUGAUUGUAAAAAGAAAAUAAUGGUGUAACAACAAAAAGGUUUUUGAGAAUUAUAAACUUAAAAGAUCAAUUGUUAUAUGAGAAAGAAGUUUGGGGAUAUUUAUCUGAAAUUUAAAAACUUGCUGGCCAAAACCCCUUUAAUAUAUUUACAAUUAUUAUUAAUACUAUCAAUUCACCACUACUACUACUGUUCACAUCAAAAUCCUUAUAGGAUUUUCUAUAUUAUAAUGGAGAAAUGGCGCCGGUCUUUCAUUUAAAAAGUCUUACAAAAAGAAUUAUAAAUACAAUGCCAGAAAAAGAAAAGAUAUUGCAAACAAGCCAGAAGUUUAUCCCAGCAGCACAUGUAUGACAAGAGGAGAUGAUGAAUAAUCCUGCAUUCACAAUGUUUAAUAUUUAUUCUUCUGUGAUGACUGUUUUUUUCUUUAUUUUGUUUUUGUUUUAGUGUUGUUUUGUUACAGGUCAUCUUUUAGUUAUUUAUAUUUUUUAACAACACACCGCCUGAUUUCAACAUAUCACAACCCAAUUCAGUGUGUCAUUUAGAAUAUAGUGUAUGUAUGUGUGAGUGUAUGUCUCUCUAAUUGAACACAAAUAGAUGUUCCAUACUUGAGUUUCAUGUACUAUUUCAGUGAAAUACUAUAUGUAUGGUCUUUCAUACGUAUUUUCACAAACAAGAAGGGUUUCAGCUAGUAGUUGAAAUGGUGUCUGGUUGGAACAUCACUUAUCAUAUCUAGCUGUUACCUCUUCAAUACACUUUCUUUAUUUCCAAAAUUUUUAAGAUGGUUCACUUUUCAAACCUGUUCAUUAUAUCAUUCACAUAAAUUAUCUCUCCCUGCAGAGGUAAAUAAGCUUAAACAUAUUAUGAAACAAACCUGAUAUUGCAUUUAAAACUAAUUUUCAUUUCUUUUUUUUAUAAAUUAAAGGUGGUUUUUAAAUUUUCACCCUUUAAAAUUUAACUUAGAGAUUAAAUUUUUGUUUUGAAAAUCAGUUUUGUUUCAGACACUAAAUUUUCCAAUAUAAAUUUUUGAUGCUUGUUUCAUCAAUUGUUUAUAAUUUGAAAUCUUGAACAAAAAGGUCAAGAAAUAUAAGCAGAAAAUAUCUAUCUAAAAAUGAUUAUUCCCACUCUAGAGACUUAAGAUAUUUACUUUAAAAGGUGGUUCAGGUUUGAUAAAGCUUAUCAUUCAUUAAACCUUUCAUGCCUUUAGGAGAGGAGCAGACAAUGGAGAGAAUGUUCAGGUCCUGAAAUCACCAAUAUUUUAUCUGAUAAAAAUUUGAGGCUAUCAUUUUUUUUUUCACCUCUUCCAAUUUGAAUAUGGGAAAGAUAAAAUUUUCCUAAGAAAAUUAAGGAUUUGAUUGAUAUUUUUAAAAAUUUGCAGUAUUUAUUAAAUGAGGCAUUGAUAAGUUGUUGGUCAGAUUUUAUAAAGUAACCAAGCCAAAUACUGUUUCCAGCAUUUUUCAUUGGAUUUUAUAGUAUUUUGAUAGGAAUGGGAAAACAUUCAUUCAAAUUUUAUUUUCCACAUCUACACAGAGAAUAAUUCACUUAUAUAUUUGAACAAACAAAAUGAAGCUAAAACUAGUUCUAAAAUAAUACUCUUUCUACUCUAGGCACACAGCCUGGUUCUAAAAUAUUAAAAUUAUUUCAAUAAUAAUUUAAUAGUAUAAGGAAAUGGAUAAGUUUGUUGCUUUCAAGAAACUACAAACCACAAAAAAGACCAUCUAAAUCUGAUGCAAUUAUAGAAAUGAUUAGCAUCAAAGCAUAUUUUGGUUUUAGAAAAUAAUUAUUAAGAUAUUUACAAGUAAGCUGAAAUGUAAAAUGUGAUGCUAAUUUUGAGAUUGCCUGGGACCAGUUCAGAUUUUUUUAAAGUGAUAUUCACUUUUCCAAAAAUGUCUUUUUACUUUUAACACAGGUUUUAAUUUAGAUUAUACAAUAAACAUAUUUACUGCUUACUUUUUGUUUGUAUUAGACUAUUAUAAAAUUAAUUAGUAUGAUAUGAAAAUAUUGCUUUAAAACCAUUACGAUUAAAAUUGAUUAGUUUUGCAUUCUGAGUUAGUGUGAGUCCAUACUAAUAAGAAUUCAAAUUAAUUUCAAGCUUCUUUGUACUAUUUCAGAGUUUAAAUCUGAUUUAGAUAUUAAUAAAUUAACUAGAAUUUUGAAUAAAAUAAAUUACUUUCAUGCAUUAGAACAUGUACAUUUUACAAAAGAUACAAAUUUACAUUUGGCAGAAUAAUGAUGGAUGCAGAAUUUUGUGAUUCAGUGUCAGUGUCACUCAAUACUUUUCAGUUGUUGUCAAUAUAAUAUUAUUUAACUUAUGUUUGUGUCAUCUACUUAAAAUUUUUAUUAAUUUAAGAUAUCUAAGAAAUUUUUCUAUGUUGAACCUAGUUGUUACUAAAUGGAAACUGCUCUGAUUUUCAUAAAUCUAAUUCCUUUUUGUGUGUCAUUCACUAUUUCAUUUUUUAUUGUAUUUAAAUAUUAUGGUAACAUUUUACUCUUAAAAUAAUGUAAAUAUUUUCAUAUUUUUAUAAUAAUGAUUUAAAAGCCCAAUAAAAAUUACCGUAUAAAUUGUAUGUUUAUUAAUUACUUAGUGUUUAAUUAAAAGAGUUCCUAAAUAUUCUAUACUCAUGAUAGACCUAAUUCUUUUAGUUUUAUUAAAUUAGUAAUAUUGUCUUCAUUCACUCAGUCUGCAAAUUUCUGGUAGACAUCUCAUAUGCUUUGUAACAAAUAUUUUGAUUUACAAAACAUAUCGGGUCUUUUGUAUCAACAAUAGUAACUAUAACCAUUACUCACUCAGGUGGUUAAUGCUCAUCACAAAUUGACUAAAUAUUGUAUUUGGUUUACUUUUCUUAAACUCUUAAAACAUUAAUUAUCAGUUUAAAACUAUACAAAGACAACUAAGUUUAUCACUCAUAGUUUUAAAACUUUUUGAUUUACAUAUUAAAUUCAAUAAUGGUCAAGGUUAAAAAUAUGAAUAAUUUACCAUUUUAUUUUAAUUUAAAAAUUGUUUAUUUUGGUUGCUUUGUAGUUAGGUCCUUUAUAGUUGCAAUUCCGCUUAUAGACAUUAAAUGUUAGAUAUUUAGUUUAAUAAUUGCAUAAGAAGCAAAGCAGUUUAUAUUCACAGUUUCUGUUUAAAAAUAUAUGGCCAGUUGUUAAUUAUGAAAACAUUAGCAAUUAUUAUAUUACCAUGUUAUUUCAUAUAAGAAUGAAAAUACAACUCUAUUAUCACUGCCACUUCAUUUUUUUAAAAUUAGAAUUAUUAUUAUAUCUUCAUUGAAAUAAGCCCAAGUUCAAUGACCAAUAAAAUCUGACCAUAAACAUUAUUAAUAUAAGCCCUUGCAUGAAAGAUUUUAAUGUAUAGAUAAGAAUGUGUGUGUGUGUAUUUGUACAUAUGCACAUACAUAUUGUAUAUACCUAUCUAUACACACAUUUUUAAGAAAACAUUUAUUUUCCUGGAUAAAUGAGUAUCAUGUUUACAUACAUUCACAUAUGUAUUCAAUUUCAUAUAAACUCAGAUAGAAACUAAAACUGAAGGACCAUUUAUGAACCAAACUGCUCACAUGAAAAUAAUUGAUAUAAAUGCUUGUGUGUUUGUGUGUUUGUGUGUUACUUAUUUAUUUUUUCAUUGCACUGAUCCCCAUUGUAUGCCGAGAGCGUAAACUUUCUAAUGUUGAAUGCUAGGUAAGUUAGUUAUCCACUUCAUCAUUAUUGCCACAGCACCCUGUUUCUAUGUGUACAAGAUGGUACUUGGUAAUACGAAAUAUAUUUAGAGUCUUGCAGGUGCUGCUGCUGGCUAAACAUUAAACAGCUAGUAAGUAGUAAGUAACCACCACCAUCAUUAUAAUCAUCAUCAUCAUAAUCAUCAUCAUUCUCAUCAUCAUCGUCAUCAUUGUCAUCAUUCUCAUCCUCAUUUCACAAUCUAACAGACAGCUCAACGACUGACCACCACCAGGCAUAACAACUCAAUCGAAACAAGUUAUUCAUAAUCACAGUGUUGUUAUCCUGCAUUUGGUUUUCAUGACAAAUGUCUACAUUGUACAUCUAAUGAUACAUCUUUGUAUCACACUGUUUUACUGUCAUAUUUAUUGUGUACAAAUUGUUGUUUUAUACUAGUUAUCUGUGUACAUUUGGUAGGUAUUCUUGCUACAACCUUCAACUGUUGAGCUCUAGAUGUUUAUGUUGGGACUACUGGAAUGUCAUUAUUUUUUUUUAAUUAUUUACUACUUUUGUUUUCUAACACACACCCAACACACACACACACACUUAGCCAAUUUCCAUUCAAACAAUAUGUGGGGCAAGAUCUCUAGGUAGAUCUACCUAGUGCCCAAUGUUCUUGAUUAAGCCACCACUACCAUACUCACAAGUGGCAGUCCUAUUUGUAUGACCAAUGUUUUAAAUAUAGUUGUAAAACAUGUCUUUUAGCCACCUAUCCUAAUACAUAUUUGUCAUGGUAACAACACCAGAGAGAGUGAAUAUACUUGAUUGCUGCUUAGUUGGACUAAAUACCUCACAUCCAUAGUAUUAUACAUAUUAUGGUUCUCUCUCAAACAGUGAUUUGCUUAAUCUCUGGAUAGUCUUGAAAUAUCAUAAUUAAUUAGUACUAACUUUCAAAAGGUAUGUACUUUACUUAUAUUAGUUUAAAAAAUAAAAUAAGCUGAAUAACUAAGAUUUUAUUGUUUCCUUAGUUGUAUCAUUUGACAUAACAGAUCAGUCUCUCUGGUGUAACACAUGCACUAAAGCUUUUUAGACAUUAUACAGAUGAUCCUAGAUUAUAAGGUCAGUAGAUAAAUUGGUCAGAAGUACUGAUUAUGACUUAUUUUAUCUAUGUCUUCUAAUUUAAAGUUCUUUUUGGAAGGUCAAGUAAAUAUAUUCAAAAGGGACAAUAACUUUUCUAAAACAUUAACUUGCCGAAUUUUCUGCUGUUUAAAGAACUAUAAAAAUUCAGAUUGAAUCCCACUCUGCCGAUGCAGAGUUAUUCUAAACUGCUGUAAAUUUGAUUGAGCCUCUAGGAUAAUUUAUGUUGUUUUUAUUCAUCAAAGUUUUACAUCCUUUCUUCUCCCUCCUUGCAAUCAAUCUUUUUUGACUAUUUUUCAUUGUCCCUCCACCUUCCUACUUUCUUUGGGAAUAGCUAAAUGUCUUUUAAUCUCAAAGUACUGAAACGCCUGUUUGAAAAUCCUUUGUUGUCUGAACUUUAUGAACCCCUGAAUAAUGUGACAAAUAGUAAGCUCUUUACACAACACAACCAUUUAAGUUAUAUUGUAGUUCUACCAACAAAUAAAAUAUUUUAAAAGUCUAGUAAAUUUCUUUUAUGGUAAUUAUUUUAUCUAAUCUAAAAUUCAAAAAGUCCCAUCUUAUAUCUGGCUGGGAAUCAAGCUCAGCAUUUCUCUCCUCUCUAUGAGGCAGCAAAAUAAAAAAAAGAAAAACCAAAGAAGCAACCAUCCUUAAUGUUUUCUUUUUUUUUCUUCCUUUUUUAAAACAAAAAUCUGGUUGUUAUACUGAUGUGUGCAUAUAUAGAAACUGUAACAAUCUGCCAAGUCCUGUGCUAAAAUAUUUCUUAUGAAAUAAAUGUAUAAUUACUGACAUAAAUUUUUGAAAAUUGUUUUGGAUUUAAGUCUUAUUAUACUGGAUAUUGUUUGUAUUAUUUUUCUUAAGAGACAGCUAUAUUUGAGGAUUCAGAUAAAAUUAUGCUGAACAGUAAGAAUUAUGGACAGCCAUCACCAUGGAGUUAUUUGUAAUAAAAAAAAAACAAUGCUACAGCUUAUUGAAUUUGUUCCUCAAGUAAAUAAUAGAAAAAUUACCUAAGUUAAAUUAUCAAUUAACUCUCCUCCACUACAAGUGGCAGUGUUUAAUAAACAUCAUUUUCUUGAUAAAACAAACUAACUGCAAGAAUGUCAAACACUGUCAAGUCUGUUCUCCACUUUUAAUUGCUUUCUUUUUAUUUUUAAGAAUUGUGUUUAUAAGUCAACUGAAACUCAACAAUCAUAGUUUUGGUGCAUAUUUAUUAGGCAUGCUUAUUACACAAAGCUUCAAAUAUUUAGCACAAAUUAUGCAGUAUAUAGUUGGUUAGGAUGAUAAGGUGUUGCUGCAACACAUGGACAAUGUGUGGCACUUGGUUAUUUCUUUUUCUAUCUACAUUUUGUAUAAGAUGUCUUAGUCUUUAUCAUAUUCAAAAAGUGGAGCAAUCAAACAAUUUACUUAGCAAAAUGAUUUCAGUUAUAAACAUAGAUUCUUCAACAAAGGAUAUUUUUGAACAUACUGAUUUCUAUAAUUAUUAGAAAUUAAAUCAUUGUAGAUCAGAAGCUCUAAUGAAUAUAUUUAUGUAGUUCAUUUGUAUUAACUUAAAAAAAGGGGGCAAAAUUAAUGUUUUUGGUUGUAAAAAAUUGAAUUUUGGACUUCAAAAUUUGAUGGUAACCAGAUUUUCUUUCUAAUUUACACAAGCUUAAUUUUAAAUUAGUUUUUUCUUAAGUAAUAUUGCAGUAGGAAACAUUGCAAAUGAUAUUAAAUAUUGAUAUCUUUGCUUUCAUAUAGUCCAACAACUUAUCCAGUUUAAUUUUGGUACAAAGAGAGUUGAUUUGAACCUAACAGAAAUUUAAGUUAAAUAAUGCACUUUCAAGUUUGCCAUCAUGUCAUUGGGCAACCAAAUAAUAGUAACAUUUGAAAAUUUUCUUGUUUCUGUUCUUUUUUUUAUAUAUAGCAUUUUAUCAUAUUUACUUUGCAGCUUGAAACUGAUUGAAGCAUAACCAUUUUUCAUCAUACUUUUGGUUUACAUAGGGACAAGAGUUACAGAUGUACAGAUAAUCAACUUCCAGAUGUUUCUACUCAGUUAAUAAUAAAGAAAUAGAUUAUUAUUCUGACAUAUAAAAAUAGUGUUCAUCAUCGUUAAGUUUUCCUUCCCUAAACUGAUGAAAAUUGAAACCUAUUUUUCCUGUAAACUAGUUUAUUUAAAAACAUUUAAGGGUAAUAUAGAAUCCCAGAAUAAAUUAUUGCCAGGAAAAGAAUAGAAAGUAGAGAGGAAAGUGCUUUCUUUGUAGUGGUCAUAAUAAUAGUAAGUAAUGUUAAACCUAUAUUUUAGGGUUUUCUUCCUUAGAUAUUUUUGUGAUCCUCAUACACUUAAAAUUUCAUACACUCCUUUUUGUAAAAAAGAAGUGUAUGAGAAUUUAAUUGUAUGAUGAUCACAAUAGUCCUUUGGAACCUGGGGAAAAAAAUAAAUGAAAUUAGAGUUAAUAACUUCAUAUUCAUUCUUCACUACUAUUAAAUUUACAGUUAUCCAUACACCCACCAUAAACAAAGAAAGCAAUACAUAUCAAGUAUAACAUUUACAAUACUCCUCUGUUGAAGUUUACUAUUCCCUUAUAAUGUUUUUAGAAUUUCAUAGGUUUCUUUCAAUUUAAUUUCUGGAUUCUUUAAAUAAUUAGAUUAGAACCAAAAUUUUCUGUUCAAAACCAAAGAAAAUCUGAUUUGUAAAAAAUGUACUUUUAUUUUUAUUUAAAUUAUGUAUUUACUUAUUUAUUUUUAUUUUUCGCUCUGUGGAAAGAUUAAAGAAUGACCUCUCAACGACACCUUCUUUCCAACUACAUAAGAAAGUAUAGAAUAGCCAAUUGUUACUUUUUCCUUAUCUUUCCUAAUAGAUACUAUUUAUGAGAGAAUAGCUAAACAUGGCUUCCAGGUAUCAAUUUCCAUUCAUUUUUAUAAGUUUUCAGUUAUUUAGAUGUGCAAAAUAGUUUUAGCCAACUAAAACAUGUAAAUAUAUGAAAUUAUAUUUUCAAUAUUUUUUGUCAUAAUAUGGUUUCAUAGAUGCCAAACUGUAUAUUAUGUAUAAAAAAAAAUCUGAAAUUCACAUUUAAAUGACAAAAACAAGGAAAAAAAAGCACAAAACGUUAAAUAUAUUUGGACAUCUUCUUGGUUUGAUGCUAUUGAAAUUUAAUUGUUUAAUAUUGAGUUGUUAUUGGAAGGGAUUUUUUAAAACUUAUUAGCAUCAUCAUCAUCAUCAUCAUAAUCAUCAUCAUCAUCAUCGUCAUUAUUACUAUUGUUAAUUUUCUUUAAAAGAAAAUGUGCUUCACAAGGAAAGGAAAAUAAAUAAGCAUUAGAAAUCUUUUUCAGAAUAUAGGAAUUAAAAUGCAGAUAAUCUUUCUAAAUGACAUCUGUUAUAUAUUAAAAGGCAGUGGGCUGAUUGCGGAUUCAACAGUAUUACACUGAUAAUAGAUAUAUUGCAACUAUGUUGCAUAUAUAUAUAUAUAUAAUUUUAUAAUUUAUUUUAAUGACAAAAUCUUGCUUUAAUUUAAAUGCUGUCAAGCUUCUUAGGUCAAGCCCUAGUACAACAGUUGAACUUUCUAUUCAUGUUUAUAUAUUAAGUAUAUUGGUUUGUACUAAACAUAUACUUUCGCAAGUGGAAAAGUCCUAAAACUUUAAAAAAUAGUCAUUGAUUUCUUGUACAUCUCUGGAGAGCCUGCUAUUUUUUUUUUUUAUUUAUUUACUUAUCUUUUUUGGUACUGUCUGCAAGUGUGUGAACAUACAUGCUCCAUACAGAAACAUCAUCUAUUAUUUAGGUUAAGAGAAUUUUAAACUUCAAAAAUAUUAUUUUUAAUAGAAAAUAUGGUGAUGUUUUAGUAUAAAACUAUCAAUAAAGACUUUACAAAACAGAUUGAGAUAUAUACAUAAUUCUAACAAUAUUUUUCUUUUUCAUCUAAGCUAACCAAAAUCAACCUCAUAAUAGCAACAAAACUAGACACU